AUGGAUGCAUUUACGAAUCUUUCAUUGGACGACUCCGAUCAAAUGGAGAUAGAUCCUCAACCAUUGGCACAAUUAUCAUUGACAGAUAAUGAUAGAUCUACAACUACUACGACAAAUACAAAUAGAUAUACAAAUUCCCGACAGUAUUGGUCUCAAGUGCCGUCUCCACAAAGGAAUGAUACUACUACUACCAACACCACUUUAUAUAUACAACCACCUAGUUUCUCACAAGAAAACCAAAUAGAGAGUGAUGUCGAUAUUGAUAUUGAUAUAGAUAUGUUAAGUGUAUCAGAUAAUAAUAUACAGACUCCUGUUACGAAAAAAGAAAAAGAAAAAGAUGUGAUAGAAGAGAUAGAAGAGAUACCAUCAUCGACCGUACAUUCACCUACGGUAUUACACAAUAUACUGUCCCCGACACAACUUGGUGCAUUCGCAGCAAGACGAAGUUCCACAACAGCUAUCACACCACACCUGUCAUAUGAUGAUGACAGUAAUAUUAUUAAUGGGUUACCAUGGAAGGAUAGACCAAUUCAUGUUUCAAUUAACAACAACAACAACAACAAUUUUUUUUAUCAGAACCCUAACCAGAAACAAUCAUUCAUAUAUGAAAAUGAAAAUGGAACUGAAAGUUUUGAAGAUAAUGAAUUACCUGCGCCUUGGUCUGCUCAAUCAUCACCUGUAUCCCGUAUACCAUACAAUUUCUAUUCAUAUUUACAAGUAACAUUAAAUUCAUUAACAGGAACACUUAUUAUAUGGUUUUUAUUGUCGUCCUUUAAGAAAGAUAUACAUUCAUUAUGGUAUUCUGACCAAAGGCAACUUUUGUUAGAAUCUCAAUCUUGUCAAGAAAAUUGGAAUUUAAACAAAUGUGUUGAGAAUGGUAAAUUACCAGCAUUGACAGAUCAAUGUAUAGAAUGGCAAAGAUGUAUGACUCGAGAUAAUGAAAAAUUGUUUGGAACAAGAUCUUUAAGAAUUGUAAGUUUAUUAGGUCAAUUGGUUAAUGAAUUCAUUCAACCUAUUGGAUGGAAACCAAUUAUUAUUGUAUUGAUCGGAAUUUUAUCGUGGCUAUUUAUAACUAAUUUCUUAAUGGGUUUCCUAAGAGCUAAAUAUUAUUACAAACAACAAGAUUAUCACCAUCAAUUGAAAUUAACACAGCCAAAAGAGACUGCUAAAUCCAAAUCCAAAUCCAAAUCCAAAACCAUUACAUCAAACGAUCAAGAUCAUGAUAAAGAUAAUAAUAUCAACUCUCGAGAACAGCAACUUGUAGUAACUAGACCAACUACUUAA